CGUGGGCGAGGUCGGAAAAAAAGCCAGUCUGGAGGUUGCUGGCUUGAUUAGGGGGGGUUUAUACCAUCUUGAAGCAUUGAAAAUUUUCUUUUGAAAAAGUAGAAAAGUAUGUUUGUAAUUGCACUUUGGUAAAACCUGUGAAAAUCUUGUGAAGCUUAAAAGACUUUAAAAUUUAAUAAACUUUUCCAUCUCAGGGACUAUGUGCUUUAAAAGUUAGUGAAACGGGGAUCAUUCAUCUGUGUGUCUUCUGUGUGAUGCUCGAAGAAGCAUUUGAUGCUCAUCCCACUGGCUGUGUGGUGGUCUUUUAUUCAGAAGGGUGUGCAGCCCACUAUCGACUUGGGUUUUUCAUGGAAAUGCCCGGUUUUUAACGUCUUUGCCUUGAACUGGAAAAGAAACUGGAUCAGAGCAGAGUGCACGUAUGCGGUGGGGAACCAUGACUUCGUCGAGGCGUACAAGUGCCAGACCGUCAUCGUACAGUCAUUCCUACGAGCAUUUCAGGCCCACAAAGAAGAAAACUGGGCUCUGCCUGUGAUGUACGCAGUGGCUCUGGACCUUCGAAUAUUUGCCAAUAAUGCAGAUCAGCAGCUGGUGAAGAAGGGGAAGAGCAAGGUGGGGGACAUGCUGGAGAAAGCGGCCGAGCUGCUGAUGGGCUGCUUCCGCGUCUGCGCCAGCGACACUCGAGCUGGAAUAGAGGAUUCCAAGAAGUGGGGAAUGCUGUUUCUGGUGAAUCAGUUAUUCAAGAUUUAUUUUAAGAUCAACAAGCUGCAUCUGUGUAAGCCGCUCAUCAGAGCCAUCGACAGCUCGAACCUGAGGGAUGGUUACAGCACGGCCCAGAGGGUGACCUACAGGUACUACGUGGGACGCAAGGCCAUGUUUGACAGCGACUUCAAGCAAGCUGAGGAGUACCUGUCCUUUGCUUUUGAGCACUGCCAUCGUUCCAGCCAGAAGAACAAGAGAAUGGUCCUCAUUUACCUGCUUCCUGUGAAGAUGCUCCUGGGCCACAUGCCAACCAUCGAGCUUCUGAAGAAGUACCAUCUCAUGCAGUUUGCGGAGGUGACCCGAGCUGUGAGCGAAGGCAACCUCCUCCUCCUGAACGAGGCCCUGGCCGCUCAUGAGACCUUCUUCAUCCGCUGCGGCAUCUUCCUCAUCCUCGAGAAGCUGAAGAUCAUCACCUACCGGAACCUCUUUAAGAAAGUGUACUUGCUGCUCAAGACCCACCAGCUGUCCCUGGACGCAUUCCUGGUGGCCUUGAAGUUCAUGCAGGUGGAGGGCGUGGAUAUCGCCGAGGUCCAGUGCAUCCUGGCCAACCUUAUCUACAUGGGUCACAUCAAAGGCUACAUCUCACACCAGCACCAGAAGCUGGUUGUCAGCAAGCAGAACCCUUUUCCCCCGCUGUCCACGGUGUGCUGACAGCCCAGCCCGAGGACGGGGGCAGGCUGAUCCUGGUCCUCCUCCCGCCCGGAGCACGUGCUCUGCAGCGGAGCCUCUCGGGUCUCAUCCCAGGAAUGACGUCGCCGGCAUCUUGGCUCAUGAGUGUCCCCGUCACAAAGGCCUGGGACUCACCCUCAGUGCUGCAGCCUCCGCUGGCCAGGCUGCUGGCGACACCUCCCGAAGGCCACCCCAUCUCCCAGGCAGCUGCUGUUUACUUCUCAAGAGGACUGUUUGUGAAAGCGUCUUUGUAACUUUCUAUUAAAAAAAUGGUGUUUAAAUUUA